AUGCCUGCCGACAAAAUCCCUAUCAAAGCCGUGUUCUUCGACUUCAUGGGCACUUGUCUCGACUGGCACAGUAGCGUUCGUGCAUUAUUCCCAUCCACAAUCUCCGGUGACGAUGCAUCCAAACUAGCCCUUGAGUGGCGGAGACAGUAUUUUCUCGAGAACAACCAGCGCUUUCUCCAAGGCCUUGAGCCAGAAGAUAUCGACGUCACCCUUUCCCGAGUCCUUGAUCGAGUACUCGAGCAAUGUCCAAAGUUCAAGCCUCACAUCCAAUCUGAUGACAAGCGACAAAUGAUAGAAGCCUGGCACCGUCAGUCUGCCUGGCCGGAAGUCCAAGAGGCGAUUCGCAGCAUCCGGCAAGAUCUGGGUCUCGAGGUUUUUGUCCAUGCAAAUGGUACAACUCGUCUGCAGCUUGAUCUUACCCGUUCUUCCGGUCUGAGCUUCAACAUGCUAUUUUCAAGUCAGUUGUUAGGGGUCUACAAACCUGACCCCGCGGCGUACCAGAAAGCGUUGCAAUAUGUCAAGCUGCGACCGGAGGAAGUCGCGCUAGUCGCAGCCCAUGCAUAUGAUCUGCGAGGAGCCCAGGGUGUUGGAAUGAAGACUAUCUAUAUCCACCGGUGGACUGAUGAUAUUGAUGAGAACAUGGAUCAGGUGAAGAAGGAGUUUGAUGUUUUCUUGGAGAAUAUGAAGGGGCUUCCGACUGCCAUUUCGGGAAUGAUGUAA